CUCUCUUCAAAGAUGCAGCAGUGACUGCUGGCUGGGUUCAGUACGAGCUGUUGACCUGCUCUGGGAUGUGUGUGACCGUGUCCGAGCGACUUUUAACAUGUGAAAAGAAGAAACUAAGCGGAGUAAACACAUUGAGAUUCUCAGCAAGAAACUACGGAGAAAAGUUUUACUUCUGAACAGAGUCGUUGGAAGGAAAAGAAGUUGGCGACUUCGCUCCAGAGGCCAGAGUGCCAUGCCAGAGGGGUCCCAUUCUGCUCUCCACCAGGGCCCAAUGGGGGAAGAAUCUCCUCAGUUGUCCUCGCCCCUCUUCGCCACUGAACAUGACCGGGCAAACGUUGACUUGGGACCAGACUGCUACAGCCGGCUAUGUGUGGAGCCACUGGACGGAGAGGGUGAACGUCCAGUGAGCCUGGUGUCCACCCUGUCCUCUGGCUCAUCCCGUGAUAGUCGCAGCCUUUUUGGGAGCACCGUUGCCCUUCCUUCCUCCAGCACCCCACCCGUACCGUGCGAGGAGGACAUAGACUUGGUGCUCAGCCCAGCUGUAGAGCAGGCAGGGGACCACAGUCCCACCCUCACAGGCUCCAGAGGUCACUGGCGGGAACAGCUGGAGCCCAGGGUGAUCAGCAACCAGUGGAACAACAACAACGCCACCUCCAACAAGAAAGCAAGUGAUAAAAUACUUCAAACCCCUGCCUCUCCUGUCGUCACGGACACCAUGGCACCCAACCCAAAGCUGACCUAUGUGGACCGUGUUGUCAUGGAGAUCAUUGAGACAGAGCGCAUGUAUGUCAAGGACCUGCGCAGCAUCGUGGAGGACUAUUUGGCUCACAUUAUCGAUAUGAGUAACCUUCCCAUACGGCCAGAGCAAGUGUGUGCUCUGUUUGGAAACAUAGAGGAUAUUUAUGAGUUCAACAGUGAACUACUGCAGUCCUUGGACAUGUGUGAGAAUGACCCUGUGGCUAUCGCCCGGUGUUUUGUAGAUAAGAGUGAAUACUUUGAAAUCUACACCCAGUACUGCACCAACUAUCCAAACUCAGUGGCAGCACUGACCGACUGCAUGAGGAGUAAAACUUUGGCCAAGUUCUUUAGGGAUCGUCAGGCUGCUCUGAAGCGUUCCCUCCCUUUGGGCUCCUACCUGCUCAAGCCAGUCCAGAGGAUCCUGAAGUAUCACCUGCUGCUUCAGGAAAUUGCAAAGCACUUUGACCCGUAUGAGGAAGGAUAUGACGUGGUUCAGGAGGCCAUAGACACUAUGACAGGAGUGGCCUGGUACAUCAACGAUAUGAAGAGGAAACAUGAGCACGCAGUCCGAGUGCAGGAGAUACAGUCUCUUCUGAUCAACUGGAAGGGUCCUGACCUGACCACCUAUGGAGAGCUGGUGCUGGAGGGCACCUUUCAUGUCCUACGGGCAAAGAACACCCGUACCCUCUUCCUCUUCGAAAAGAUGCUCCUCAUUACCAAGAAAAGAGGGGAACACUAUGUCUACAAGAUCCACAUCUCAUGCUCCACCCUAAUGCUACUUGACAGUGCAAAGGAUCCCCUGCUCUUCAGUGUCAUCCAUUUCAAGCAUCCCAAGCAACCCCAUACAGCGCAGGCCAAGUCAGUAGAAGAGAAGCGUCUCUGGGCCCAUCACAUUAAGAGGCUCAUUCUUGAGAACCACAACACCAUCGUCCCACCGAAGGCAAAAGACGCCAUCCUGGACAAUUCUAACUAUCCUGGGAAGUACCACUAUAGUCCUGAGAGGCUGAAGAGAGCCGAGUCCUGUCAAGCUGAAGACUUCCAUCACGCAGGACGAAAUGGGAGGAGGAGAUCAGAGCCAGCAAAACAAAUCAUAAGGAGCACAAAAGCUGUUUUGAAGCAUGCAGACAGUGAGGGUGCACUGCUGGGGGAUAGGUGCUCCCUUCAGCCAGCCACUAGUGUCAGUACGUUGGCCUCCAGUCUAGGCGAGCCCCAGGCUGAGAGGCCAUGUGUGGAGGAUCUAAUUCCCAGAAGGGACUCUCUGGAGAAGCUAAGUCCUACUGACAGUGACCCGAAACUGGGCUCUUCACCCAGUGAGGGGGGGCUGGAGCUGCAGAAGUCAGAGGAGGAGGAGGAGGGAGAGAUUUACAAGGAAGAUAUACUGAUGGGAGAAGACCAGGUAGCCGACUUUGCCAGCUCAGUGCUGGCAGCCAUCUCCUGCUGGCACUAUAGAGCCAGGGCUUUGCUUUCUACUCACUUCACAACGGAUGAUCAGAGCAGAGAUGCAGCUGAACUGCAAACUACACCAGGAGAGGAGGCGGAAACUCAAAGCCAUGAGGAAAAACAUGGGGAUGUGGCUAUGACAGAAACUCUCAGCACACAGGUCAAUGUGGAGGAGCUGUGCCCUCUAGACUGUGUCCCUCAAGCAAAGAGCAGCGAUCAGCUGGAAAUGCAUUACUCCCAAUGCCUUGAGUCUCCUGUCUCCCCUUCCCAAAUGCAAGAAGCAGUAACCCCAGAACCCAUGGAUAACUCUAGAGGAACUGGAGAGGAAGAGGAGGAAGGAGGGAGUGAUUCUUCGGGUCUCCAUGUGGAGGAGACGAGUGUACUGACGAAUGGGGAGCUCUCAGAGGAAGAAGAGGAAGUGUUGUCAGACAAUAAAAGCAUCCUACCUUCCUCUGUGUUGGACCAGGCAAGUGUGAUUGCGGAGCGCUUCAUUAGCAGCCUGUCCAGACGGAGCAGUCUGGUUUCAGAGGACCUGGGUUCCCUGGCCUGCCCUUCACCCCUAACAGAUGAUGAAGCCUUCAAAAGCCCUUCGGCAAGCAUGGACUUGGAAAAAGAGUCCCAAGUGUUGGCCAGCUCUUCCCCAGAGCCACACAUGACCUCAGAGGUGAAUCUGUCAACACCUGCGCAUGAACCUGCACUCACCGCGCUCAUCGAAGGGGAGCGCAGGUCCACACUCUCUAAACAGGAUCGUCUUCUCAUCCACAAAAUCAGAAGAUACUAUGAGUAUGCUGAGCACCAAGAUGCUAACUUUAGCAUCAAGCGCAGGGAAAGUCUCUCCUAUAUUCCAGCAGGUCUGGUCAGGCACCUGAGCCGACAGCUCGACAGUAUUCCUCAGGAGCAGGCUGUCCCUGCCAGCCGGAAAGGCCUCUCUCGUAACCGGCCCACUUCCUGGUCUGUGUUUGACCUUCCUGGUUUAGAAAAGCGUCAAAAGACUGAAAAGAAUCAAAAGACUGUACCACAGAGAUCAGUGGAAGCCAAAGUAAGAUCUCAGAGUUUCACUGAUUCCUCUACCACAGAUGAAGAGUUCAGACCCUCAUCAGAGAUGCUCAAGGUUUGGCAAGACAUGGAAUUGGAGGAGGAGGGCCAGAAAGACCAGCAGAUUGUAGAGGAGAAAGUGAAUGACUCAACAUUACAAGUGACACAGUAUAUAAGCUUAGACACUAAAGAUGUUAAAACCAGUAAGCAACCGCCUCAGAUUUUAGAAGAGUGUGAAAUAAGCACUGCCUUAGAUGGUUCCCCCAUCUCAUCACCCACCACAAACUUUCCAGCAGUGGAAGGGGGAUCUGGUCAGGACUCUAAGCUAUGUAAAAGCCCCAUGUCUCAAGAUGAGAAUCAAGACACCCAUGGUCAACUGCCAAAGAUUAUUAGCCUCAGAACAAGUGUGGAUGAAGAGCAGAUCCUACAAGACAUGGGAAAGAUGAAAAACAAGGUGUUCCAGCUGGCACGUCAGUACAGCCAGCGCAUCAAAAAUAACAGACCUAUGAUCUGGCAGAAGAACCGAGAAAUGGCAAGUCAACAAGGAUUCAAGAAUAUGCCUGCUGUCCAUGAGGAGAAGAUACAAAUGAGGAAAAAGGGUAAACCCAACCUGAGAUUGGCCUUGAACACUUGUGAUCAGACGGUCAUCCAUGAACUGCGUUCCCCAAGUCCAGUCCAGACCCCCAGCUCUGGAGCCAGCUCCCAGAGCACAGUGACUGGCCCACAAAGCACAGAGUCAGACACCUUCCACUGGCCUGAUGUACAAGAGCUGCGCACCAAGUACACCCCCUUCAAGCUGGAGACGGAGGCCUCCCACUCCUCAAAAGUAGACCACAGCUGCAUAGUACCAAAUGGGACGCUGGAAUGCUGUACGAACAGGUGUAAUGGUUGCUCACACAGGUACAGCAGCUCCUCAGACCUUCACAAAGCACUGACAGACAGUCCUACAACACAAUCUCCUACGAUAGAAGACUGGACCCAGCCCCAGUCCCGAACUCGGCUUCAGCCCCUGCUGUGCAGGUGGAGCUCCUUGGACCACAUGCUUGGGUCUCUUCCUCUCCACGAAGUACAGAACCUGCAGGACCCUGUGAGGAGCUGCUACACCUCCAGUCAGGUGUCUCUAAUAACAAGAGAAACCGGCAAACUCCAAGACGGAGACCACCUCCUCCAGGAGGGCCUAGACUGUCCCACAAAGCCUGCUGUCCUGACUUCAGGGAAAGUGUCAGAAAGUAAUCUAGUGAAGAGCUUACGGGAGAAGUUCCAGAGUUUAAGCACAAGCUCGUGAACAUGUGAAUUUUGUAAAUUUUUAUUAUCAGGAAGUAUCACAUUGAAAAUGUACCUGCCAGUUAUCUGAUCCUUCUCAAAAUCCCCUUCAUGCACAUCCUGUUUUUUCUUCCUAAAAUGCAAAUUGCAAUUUGUUGUCUGCACAAUGUUUUCAGUAUAGGGGACACCGGGUGAUGAUUUGCGUAUUUGCCACAAAUGAAACAUAAAAGGGAUAUUAGUGGUCAUUGGUUCAGGCCAUGAGGGGAAAGCGUUUUGUCUUUAAAAAGGUGUAUUGCAAUAUUUGUACAUUGGGUAUUUUUCUGCACUGUACGAUACAAAGUUGAUGUAAAUGUGUAAAUAGUCCCGUUAUCAACUGCAGAUGAGGUCCUACUUUAUUAUUAUAAUCAUCUAUUUGGUUCCCACCCAGUCUUGCUAUAAUGACUAUAGCACUGUUAUCAUUUAACCAUGUAAACUGUCAGCUGUAGUUUCACAGGAAAGCAAAAAGGAUCAAAACAAAACAGACUACUUCUACCGCCAUGAUGACAGCAGUCUCAUCGACGAGAGAGCUCUACUCUCAGCAGAGGUUCUGAUCGUAUACCAAAGAUUUUCCUUUUAACAUUUGUUCACUAUUAAUACAAGUGGUCACAGCAAUAAUUUGCUUCCGCACCAUCUGUUGCUGCUUCUAUAACUUUUUACACAUCACUGGAGCUUUAUUUUUCUCAAUAUGUUGUAUAUUUUUCUUUAAUAAUAUUUAUGAAACUGUAUAUUUGGGAGAGAUUGGCCUCAUGUAAAUACUGAGCAGUAGCAACCCAUUUUUACUUUUCCAUUCCAGAAAAUAUAUUGUUUCAUACUUGAAGUUGACCGUAUUUUCAAUAAAAACAGAAAUGUUAAGUGUC